AUGACACGUUCGCAUUCCCCAGAAUAUCGUCGAUCUUAUCACUCGACUGGUCGCAAACUAGACGACACCGGCAUGCCGUCCAACGGCCUACUGAAUCAAAUCGAAUCAACGGCAGAGAUCCAGCAUAAAUUUGUCGUAGAAGCUACGGGGCAACCUUGUUUCGAAGACUUCGUCCACAGGUGCCGAACCUCGGCGGGCGACUUCAUCCGUCCGGCAAUCACGCUCUUAGGGAAGCCACUGGCCAUACUCGCGGUAUGCCAACGUGGCACAGUCUCCUGCAAAGGUGACUCGUGUGCCCUUUACAAGGCAAUCCCGGAGCCUGUUAGUAUGAUUUGGUGUGCAGUUGCACUCGAGGUGGUCUACUUCAUUUGCCACCCCACCAGGAGUGGUGUAUCGCGUCAGGGGCGGACGGAACAUCAGCGACUGCCAUGGAAGUACCCGACCAGAAGACUUUUCCUUCCAAGGAAACGCCCACACUUUUGGCCCCUCAGGAUUUGCACCCGCCGCUUACCUUUUGCCGACGAUGCCGCCGAGUCCGCCUUCUGGUGCGCGGCAUACUGCUCUCAUCGCACACGUCAUCGUGUGGGUGCCAUGGAAGGAGUCUCGAAGUUUGCUAAACACAUCAAAGAGAAGCACAGUCCAGUGCGAUCACAAAAGAAACCGCCAGAAACAAUGAGUGGACGGUCUUCGUGGAUUGAAACGGCUACUGGAUCGUCAGUGGCGGGCUACCAGUUCAAAGACGUUGAAAAGCUCGAUCUAGAGUCAGCAUGGAUCUUGGGAUCAUCUGGCUUGAAGUCACGCCAUUUCCUCUAUAGCAGCAAGAUCCGGUUCCUUGCAUUCGGUCUAGAGCUUGCUUUUGCUCCCUCAAACAUGACAACCCCUGGAUGCUCGAUGGCAGGCCGAUGGAUUGCCAAGCGGCGAAAUAAGAAGCGGAGCUCAGGGCACACGGCAACCUCGAGACCUCAAUCCAAUGAGACAAUCAAUUCCUCCUCUUCAGUCGAGUGUCGCCAUGCAACAAUCAUGACCGGCAGUGUCCCUCUGGGUUGCGAGAGAGCCACGCGGUGGAGAGAACGGCGGACCCAGUGA